AUGCGAGAUUUGUUAUUUACGUUGGUUAUUGCAGUACUAAUUGUUGCUGAUUUUGCUGAAGAAGUGGAUGAACAAGAAAUAGAACGUAUAUUACACAGUGUUGAAAAUAAUAGACUACUGAAUUCUGCCAUUGAUGAUCAAUUUGAACCAACUUAUGCUGAACCUAUGGAUGGAACAGAUGAACGCUCUUCUUUUAUGCAGUAA